CCGUGGUGCUGCGGAUUCAUUUUACGAUAGAGUUGUUCGUCCAUCGUUGGCCGAAUUUUUCGGCACCAUCGUCUUUGUAUUCGUUGGAUGUAUGGCUGUCCAGACCCAGGUUGUGGCACCUAUCGCCAUUGCUCAUGGACUGACCAUAGUUGUCCUGAUUGCAGGACUUGGGAAAAUUAGUGGUGGUCACUUUAACCCAGUCGUAACACUUGGGGUAACGCUGUCGGGAGGAAUGCAUUGGGUCGCCAGUAUCUUUUACGUUUUGGCUCAGCUUAUAGGAGGAAUGGUUGGCGCGGCCUUUGUUUUGGCAGUUCUACCAGAAACUGUGUAUAAAAGUAUAACUGGCGGCGCGCAUACUCUGGGAAGUGGCGUAUAUCCGGGCUGGGCGAUACUGGCUGAGGGCAUACUGACCUUUUUAUUAGUGUUCACCGUUCUUUUAACCGCAGUAGAUGAAAACAAGACUAAGUUAGCUCCCUUGGCUAUCGGAUUUUCAGUGGCUGUAGACAUUAUUGCAGGGGCAAAAACAACGGGGGCGUCUAUGAAUCCAGCUAGAAGCUUUGGACCCGCUGUUGCAUACUCUAAAUAUGGGGACGUUAAUGUUUGGGAACAUCAUUACGUAUACUGGUUUGGUCCUAUAUGUGGAGCCGGUGUGGCAGCUCUUUUAUAUAAGUAA